UGCUGCGAUUCCACGCGUCUGUCCGUCGCAGACCGACGAAACAGCACAGAACAUGGCGCGGCCGGGAAUCAGCGACCUGACGGGCGACAAUGCCCUUGCCCAAAUCGCGCGCGACAACUGGCUGUCGUCUGCUGCAGCGCCCAAAGUGCAGCCGGCCACCAUCGAUGAGCUCUGGAAGCUUGUCGAAGACGACCAAUUUUCGACUUUCUCCCUCUUGCUUCUCGAACAAUUGCAAGCACUCGAGCGCUACCUCUGGCCUGGGUACAGCGAGAAUGCUUCCAACCAUCACGUCCUUCUCAUCGCCUUGCUCGUCAACACCAAACGAUCCGAAAACCUGCCCACAUGGUCCCUCUUCGCAAACACGCCCGAUGAGUUUGCAGAUUUCUUCCGACGAGUGCUGCACCUGAGCGUCGACGCCAGCCUUGCUACCUCUCUACGCGACCAUCUUCUCGCAUUCAUCGUGGGUGCAUACCAGAGUCUGGACAGUGGAGUCGUGCGCAAAGAAUGCGCUCCCUUGGUAUCGAUUGGGAUAUGGCACAAUUUGCAUAGCGAUGCGGUGAGGGACAAGUUGAUCUCGAAAAGCACACAGUUACAAAAGGCAUGGCGGGCGUCAGGGAAGAAAUUCGACAACGCAGAUGCAGCAGGUCAAGCCAGGCUGCGAUUCGAGAGGAGUUGGCUAUAUCUGCUCGUGCUGAGCCUUUUCGACAAGUUGUAUGCUACAACCAAAAAGAGUGAAGAUGUGGCAUAUUGCGAACGCUUCCUGGAGUUGCUGUGUGAUUUGCAGAGUCAGCUGCCUACACGACGGUACGUGAACACUUUGCUGCAGGAUCUGAACCUUCUGCCAGCAAUCACACUCUCGCCGCUGUAUCAACAAGAAUCGCGGAUACGGGACUUCUAUGAAUUGCUUCUCCACUACACUCACUUUCCUAUCGACGAUCACACCGGACGACAGCUUAGCAGCCGGGAAUACGAGGAGACUCAGAAUGCUAGCAUAUCAAAACUGCAAAAGGUUGGCAUGAAGUUACAACCCGAGAAGCUCAAGAUUUUGAUCUUGAACAACUAUGGUGCGCUCGGACGACGCGAAGAGCUGGAAGGUUACCUCAAAGAUCUCACGGAUGACGAGCUGCUACAGCUGUGUCAGGAGAUGGGCCUGCGAACCAGAGAAUACCCAGAGUCUACACAACUCGUACAGGAUCGACCGUUCCUUGUCGAGGUUCUGGUCGCUAUAAUCGAGCGGAAACCGUACUACACAGAGCGCAUGCGGAAGCUGCAGAUCCUGCCAACAGAAGAUGCGUUAUACAAAAAUGCUCGACUCCCUGCUCAUGAGCAUGCUGUAAAUCAGCCUCUAGCGAUACCGAAGCUCAAUCUGCAAUACCUAACGAUUGGAGACUUUUUGUGGAGGUCUUUCACACUUUACCGAUAUGAAGCUUUUUACAGCCUGCGCAAGCAUUUAGAAGAUACUAUCAAGAGACUGCAACCUCGGAGAGGCGGAGGCAUCGUCCGGUUUGACGGUUUCUCGCGAAUGGCGAUACCAAUCCCGAAGCCUGCAAUCAUCGAAACAGUCCCUGCUCGCGUAGGCGAGACUGUGCCGGCCGAGGUCAAGUCGGAAGUCAUUCUUGAUGUCAGCAGAUUGCAGCCAGGGCUGCGAAGAGAGUGGGAAAGCUUACGCCCAGAUGACACUGUCUAUUUGUUGGCACUGAAUCCUGAAGAUGGUGCGCACAAACUCACCAACGGCGCUGCCGAGAAGCAAUCGAUCGCCGAGAAGUUCGGCUUGAAGACUGUCAGAUGUGCAGAAGUAAUCAGUGUGCUUGAUGAGAACAGCAGAGUGCUCAAGCAGAAUCAGGACAACCAGGGCUUCUCGGACGAUGGACCACGACCGAGACAGCGUAGGCUGUUACUUCGACUUGACGCCGCGUCGUACAAAGCAGACAAAGAUCGAGAAGCCAGUGGCAAGCCAGAUGUCUACGAGAGCAUCAAUCUGAUUGUACGAAGACGGGCGAGAGAAAACAAUUUUCGCCCUGUGCUCGACAGCAUCAAGCAAUUGGCUACCUCCGAUGCUCCAGUUCCAUCAUGGUUUGAAGAGGUCUUCUUGGGGAUCGGUGAUCCCGCUUCUGCGACAUACAAGCGACUACCCAGCAAGCUUCAAAGUGUCGACUAUCGAGACACAUUUCUAGAUUGGCAGCAUCUGAUCGAGUCCCUGCCUGGCAAAACCGUCGAACCAGAUCCAAAGCUGGAUGCCGUUCCAAGGCCGCCAUAUGUGCUAGAGAACACUGAAUCUGCCCCGGCGCCUCCUCCCGCGAAGGGCAAGAAGAGAAGACGAGAUCAGCCCGAUGGCCCGGAUCCUGCACCAUCCGCGGAGACGUUCAGAGUGUCGACGUACGAGCCACCCAACGCUGGCCCAUAUCCAGAAGAUGCGCCCAAGUUGAAUCAUGUUCGCUUCACGCCGACCCAGGUAGAAGCGGUGACCGCUGGUACUCAGCCUGGCUUGACACUCAUUGUUGGGCCUCCAGGAACUGGAAAGACUGAUGUCGCGACCCAGGUCAUUAGUAACAUCUAUCACAAUUUCCCACAGCAGCGCACACUUCUCAUCGCCCAUUCCAAUCAAGCACUCAAUCAGCUCUUCCAAAAGAUUGUGGCAUUGGAUAUCGACGAGCGACACCUGCUGCGUCUCGGCCAUGGAGAGGAGGAAUUAACCACAGAGGCCAGCUUCAGCAAAGCCGGUCGUAUUGAGUCUUUUCUUGAACGAGGUGCACGCUACCUUGCUGAUGUACAGAGACUUGCCAUAAGUAUAGAAGCUCCUGGUGCUCACGGCAGCACUUGCGAAACGGCGGAAUAUUUCGACCAUGUCUGGGUCCAGCCACGCUGGAAACGUUACUGGGACAGCAUCGAUUCCGCCGAUACUACAUCCGAACAGAUCAUCGCCACGUUCCCCUUCCACGCGUUCUUCGCCGAUGCACCGCAACCUCUGUUCCUUCCUGACGCAACACGGGAGCAGCUCGUGGACACUGCAAAGGGCUGCGAGAGGCAUAUUAACCGCAUCUUUUCUGAGCUUGCUGACAUCCGGCCAUUCGAAAUUCUACGAGCACAACGUGACAAGAGCAAUUAUCUGCUUGUCAAGGAGGCACGCAUCAUCGCCAUGACAUCGACGCAUGCCGCUAUUCGCCGCCAAGAAAUCGCGCAGCUCGGAUUCAAAUACGACAACGUGAUUAUGGAAGAAGCCGCACAAAUCACAGAGAUCGAAAAUUUCGUCCCAUUCGUGCUCCAAAAGCCGCGAUUGCAGGACGGCAAGACACCCGAGAACCCACUCCAACGUGUCGUGCUCGUCGGCGACCACCUGCAAAACUCGCCUGUCAUCCAGGACAUUGCUCUCAAGAGCUACGCCAACCUCGAGCAAUCUCUAUUCCAACGCCUGGUCCGUCUCGGGGUCCCACAUAUCGUCCUCGACGCACAAGGCCGUAGUCGUCCUUCGCUUGCAGAUCUAUACAAAUGGCGAUACCCCUCACUCACCAACCUCCCCUUCACCUCUACGGCUCCUGAGUUCGUCGCCGCCAACGCAGGCUUCCGGUACGAAUAUCAAUUCAUCGAUGUUCCAGACUACAAAGGUGCUGGCGAGACCGAGCCUUCUCCUGCCUUCAUCCAAAACCUGGGUGAAGCUGAAUAUGCUGUCGCAUUGUAUCAGUACAUGCGUCUGCUUGGGUAUCCUGCAGAGAAGAUCUCUAUCUUGACAGCUUAUGCCGGGCAGAGAGCGCUGAUAAAAGACGUCUUGAAGCACCGAUGCGAGAAGAAUCGGCUGUUUGGACUGCCAGGCUGGGUCGGCACAGUCGACAAGUACCAAGGAGAGCAGAAUGAUUAUAUCAUCCUAUCGCUCACAAGGACGAGAUCUCCUGGAUAUCUGCGCGAUCUACGAAGACUUACUGUCGCGCUCUCGAGAGCGAGAUUGGGUCUGUAUAUUCUUGGCAGGAGAGAGGUGUUUGAGUCGUCUCUUGAGUUACGAGAGGCUUUUGGGGCUUUCUUCGAGAGAUCAAACAAGCUGACGCUUGUCACUGGCGAAUUGUUCCCAACCGAUCGCAAAGUCGACGAGAAAGUGCAAGGUGAGGGAAAGGUGGUGGAGAUGGUUAACGUGGAACAUCUUGGCCAGUAUGUAUUUGAUAUGACGAAUGCGAAGGUGAAAGCUCUGAAGGAGGGGAAAGGAGAAUUGCCGCCGCCUGCAGUUGGGGAGAAGGGGAGAGUUGAAGAGGGAGAGGAAGACGAGGUUGAGGAUGAGGACGAUGGGGCGUUGGAAAAUGAGGAGGAACUUGGGGAUGUGGAAGUAUAGCGUUGUAUGUUUGUACAAGGUUGUUGAUGUGCUCAUAUCGAGGAAUAUGGAUUGUUCCUCCAACCUGAUGAGGAUUUGUAUAGAAUACGUCGAAGCAGAGCGAAACGAUAGCUCUCAGAUCAGAAGACCAAGUGGUCCAACGCUCUGCACCAUGCAGAUUUUAC